CCCUGCGCAGAGGAGGAAGCUAGAGCGGCGGCGCGCCGUGAGGAGGCAGAGCAGCCUCGCCACUCUCGCCUCCAUUCCCGGUUCGCCUCUGCUGGGCGGAGGACCCCGCCGGCACCUGCAGGGAGGCUGCCUGGGCUGCCGCGCAUCUGCAAGGAAAGACGCUGCACGGCGGCCGGGCGAUUCCGCGGGGAGACGCCGGCCAGAAUGGCGUUGAUACCUCCAAGUUACUGUUUUGUUGCAUUUCCACCACGUACAAAAGAAGGUCUUGUCAUAUUUGGAAAAAAUUCAGCGCGGCCAAGGGAUGAAGUGCAGGAAGUAGUUUACUUUGCAGCUGCCACUCAUGAUCCAGGAUGUAAAGUUGAGUGCACAUAUAUUGAAAUUGACCAGGUGCCCAAAACUCAUGCCGUUGCAUUGAGUAGACCAUCAUGGCUGUGGGGGGCAGAAAUGGGAUCCAAUGAACAUGGAGUGUGUAUUGCGAACAAAUCCAUUGUCACUAAAGAAGCAGCCUCUGAAACUGAAGCUCUCCUAGGAAUGGAUCUGGUCAGGCUUGGUCUAGAAAGGGGUGCAACAGCUAAAGAUGCAUUGGAUGUAAUAGUCUCCUUGUUGGAAGAAUAUGGCCAAGGUGGAAAUUAUUACGAAGAUGGGAGCUCGUGCCAGGCUUUCCAGAGUGGAUAUCUUAUCGUGGACAGAAAAGAAGCUUGGGUAUUGGAGACUAUUGGGAAAUACUGGGCAGCAGAAAAAAUCACAGAGGGAGUGAAGUGUAUUUGCAGCCAGCUUUCCAUAACAACAAAAAUUGAUGCUGAACAUCCUGAGCUUAGAAGUUACGCAGAAAAUCAAGGCUGGUGGAUGUUAGAUACUGAAUUCAAUUUUGCUCAAGUGUUUUCUCAAGCUGAUAAUCAUUCUGAUUGUUGCUUGGGGAAAGGGAGCCUAGAAAAACAGGAAGGUGAUAUCAAUGUGCAAACGAUGAUUGACGUAUUGCGGGACAAAGCCAGUGGUGUUUGUGUGGAUUCCAAAUCUUUUCUUACUACAGCAAGUAUGGUGUCUGCUUUACCUCAGAAUCCUAAUUCUCCUUGCAUCCAUUACUUCACUGGCACACCGGAUCCAACAAGGUCCAUAUUUAAACCCUUCAUCUUUGUUGAUGAUAUGAAAUUAGUUCCAAAAAUUCAGUCUCCUGUUUUUGGUAGUGAGGACCCUGUGAAAAAAAUUCCUCGGUUCCAAGAAAAACUGGAUCGCAGACAUGAGCUGUACAGGGCACACGAAUGGAUCCAGUCGGUCAUAGCAAGUGAUCAGGAGAAAGGUCAGAAGCUGAGAAGAACCAUGCUGGACCUUGAAAAACAAGGCUUGGAAGCCAUGGAGAAUAUCCUUACCAGCUCAGAAGUUCUUGAUCCUUCUGAAGUAGAAGACCUUUUCUAUGAUUGUGUUGAUACAGAAAUCAAGUUUUUAAAAUGAAUGAGGAAUAAAACCUAAAGAUGAAAAUGAAUGCAGACAAUGAAGUCAGUGUCUGUGAUCCAAGUGUAUUGAAAGGAAAGUACUUCCACGUCUAAACAAAGUUAAAGAAUUAACUGUCACAAGAUGUGCUGAUGGAUCCUGGCUAAAAUGGCUUUUAAAGAGAAUUAAACUAUUGGAUGGAAAACAAAUCUACAGUUGCUAUUAGCAUGGAUGGCUAAGUGGACUUCCAUGUUCAGAGGCAGUAAGCCAUUGAAUACCAGUACUAAGGUUAUCAGGGAAGAGCAGUUGCCACAUUACCAUGGGUGUGGUCUUCAUGGGGUCAUCUUGAUGGCUGCUGGGAAAAAUGGAGAGAUGGUCCACAUCAUCCUGACCGCAUCUACAACCCUUAUGUUCUUAAUCUACUCCAAAGCAUACUACAUAUUUUGCCAUACCUUCAAGGAUGUGUAAGAGGAAAGAAGAAAAGAACUGUACACUUACAUGUGUUGCAAGAUAAUUUAAUAUGCAAAUCCAAACAAAAGCAUUUGUCUGACAUUGAGGCUGCACUACUGAAAAAAAGAACAACAUCCCAAGUUGAUAUCACACUGCUGAUAGAAUAUCACACUGCUGAUAGAAUAUUUUGCAAGAAGAAUACAACCUCUGUACAACAUUUUAUCGCUUGCAUUUUUUAAACAAAAUAAUUUAAUUUCCCUGAUAUUUUGACAGGUGCAUUUAGACUGUCAUUUUUGGCCCCUUAUUUCUCCUCCUUUGUGCUACAAAUAAAGUGAGCAAUUUCCAGAGGUCAAGGGUCAUGAAGGCUACAAGGAGGAAUCCUAUUAGUUCAGUGAAAGUUUCAAUAGUCAUCAUGCCCAAAGGAUUCCCUGUUUCCCACCUCUCUUUUCCUUGCAUUAAGGAACACCUUUGGCUUUUUGUAGCUCCUGCUCACCUGAGAAAAAACACCUAAAUACUAUUUUUGCAGAGUGACUGAGAUGGAGGUACACUGUGCUUCUUGAUUUCUGAGUAGAAAUGGUGCUAAACUUCUAACCAUGUCCCCUAGUUAAAUAUUACACUGCCUUUUUAAUUGCAAUGAAAAACUGGUGCUCUUGGCAGUAAGUUUGAAAAUAAAAGGUGUCAUGCUUAGCAUUUCAACUUCUGCCCUCAGAUGGGAUCAACCUUUGUGCCUUUGUGGGGCAAGGGAAGGAGUAGGCUGCUGGGCAGUUGUGUCGCUGGAUCAUUCUUAACUGAGUAUCUUGUGCUGCCAUUUGUGGCUUCACCCCACCUUUUGGUCACUUUUUGGGGGGAAGGGGGGGUUUGGGUCCAGGAAGUUUCUCUCUGGUCUGUGCUGAUCCUUAAAGGAGCCAAGCAGAGACAGUUCAGCAUCUUUACAUUGAAACAACCAUAUUCGAGUCAUUUUGCACAUUCCCAAAGUCUGCCAGGGCAGUGGCCCAUAAACAUCCCAGAGAUGUUUAUGCUGGUGCUGCUCUUUGUUCACAAGACCAUAGUUACCUGUUUAGCAGCUCUCUCUUCUUUUAGUAAAGGCAAUG